AUGAGCUCGUCAAGUGCCCAACACCAAAGGAACGGCUCUCUCGAUCCCUUCUCCGAUCCCGAUGUCUACUAUGGCAACGAGGACAAUGUCGCGCGUAUGAGAGAACGUAAGCGAGCAUUCUCCUCGACGCUCAAAUCAUUCAAUCGGGACGAUAUUCAAGAAUUUCUCGGAGGCGGGUUUCCUGCGAGAAGAGCCAGUCAUGAUGAGACACCGGCAAUUCCCCGCAAAUUUCUCAUUGAUGUUGACACAACGCUCCACAGUCUCCUGGAGCGGGAGGACACGGACAGAAACAUGCAGAUAACCAUCGAAGAUGUGGGCCCCAAGGUGUUCUCCGUCGGAACCGCCGCGUCUUCGGGAUACAACCGAUUCGACUUGCGGGGAACGUAUAUGCUUUCGAACCUCCUUCAGGAGCUCACAAUUGCCAAAGACUACGGUCGCAAGCAUAUUGUGCUUGAUGAGGCCCGUCUCAGUGAGAACCCGGUCGCACGCCUUUCUCGGCUGAUCAAGAAUUCGUUCUGGAACGCCCUGACACGGCGGAUUGACGGGCACAACAUUGCCGAAGCUGGCCGGGACCCCAAGGAUUGGACUGACGACCCGCGACCUCGGGUCUAUAUCCCUCCGGGUGCCCCGGAACAGUAUGAGUAUUAUAAGGGGAUCGCAGAGUCACAUCCAGAGCUACGCCUCGAUGUGCAGCUGUUGGACUCUGAUAUCACGCCAGAGUACACCAGGAGGCUUAACAACAAACCCGGUCUUUUAGCCCUGGCGAUGGAGAAGCAUUAUGACGAAGCCACCCAGAAGACCGAGUAUAAUGGAGUUCCGUUUGUGGUUCCGGGCGGAAGAUUCAACGAACUCUACGGAUGGGAUAGCUAUAUGAUGUCCUUGGGCUUGCUGGUCAGCAAUAGAGUUGAUCUGGCCAAAGGCAUGGUGGUCAAUUUCUGCUUUUGCAUAAAGCAUUACGCAAAGAUCUUGAACGCAAACCGUUCUUACUACCUGAUGCGUUCCCAGCCACCGUUCUUGACUGAUAUGGCUUUGCGUGUCUACGAACGGAUCAAGAAUGAGCCUGAUUCUAUGGAAUUUCUCCGCAACGCAACACUUGCUGCGAUCAAGGAAUACUACAGCAUCUGGACGGCUGAGCCGCGAUUCGAUCCGGUUUCCGGUCUUUCGAGAUACCGUCCGGAAGGCGAGGGGGUGCCCCCCGAGACAGAGCCGACGCAUUUUCUUCACAUUCUCACGCCUUAUGCCGAGAAACACGGCAUGUCUUUCGAAGAGUUUGUUGAGGCUUACAACGAAAGAAAGAUCGUGGAGCCUGAACUCGAUGAGUACUUCCUCCACGACAGGGCUGUGCGAGAAUCUGGGCACGACACAAGCUACCGCCUUGAGAGGGUCUGUGCCAACCUGGCCACGGUGGAUCUGAAUUCGCUGUUGUACAAGUAUGAGGUGGAUAUCGCACGGAUUAUCCGCACUUACUUCAAGGACAAGCUCGACAUUCCGCCCGAGUUCCGGACGGUGUCGACCCAAGACAUUGCCAGCGAGUCCUCGUCGGUCUGGGACCGUCGUGCUCGGAGAAGAAAGAUGAGAAUGGACACUUAUCUCUGGGAUGAAGAGAAGGGGAUGUAUUUUGAUUACGAUACCGCUAAGCAGGAGCGGACUACGUAUGAGAGUGCCACCACCUAUUGGGCGAUGUGGGCUGGUCUUGCGACCCCCGGUCAAGCGUCGCAGAUGGUGAAGGCACUUACCCGGUUUGAGGCCUACGGAGGUCUGGUUUCGGGAACCGAAGAAUCUCGGGGUGCCGUUGGCCUGGACCGGCCCAACCGGCAAUGGGAUUACCCAUACGGAUGGGCACCCCAGCAGAUGCUGGCGUGGACCGGCCUGAUGCGCUACGGCUACCAGGACGAAGCCGAGCGGCUGACUUAUAAGUGGUUGUAUAUGAUUACAAAGGCCUUUGUGGACUUCAACGGCGUCGUCGUCGAGAAAUACGACGUCACUCGCCCUAUCGACCCACACCGAGUGGAUGCCGAGUACGGCAACCAGGGUGUGGACUUCAAGGGCGCUCCACGCGAAGGGUUCGGAUGGGUCAAUGCCAGCUAUGUGUACGGGCUGGAGAUCCUCAAUGCCCACCAACGCCGCGCCCUCGGCGCCAUCACGCCGUAUGAGACGUAUAACAAGGCUGUGGCCGUACAGGAUGCUUAA